GGAAAUGGGAAUGAAUUUUCCUUCACUUACUACCAUAUUUUAUGGGUAAUUGAGAUUUAAGUAAAUUAAUAAGUCAAUGCACAACUGAGUUUCACUUUCUCCGCUCGAUCUCAACACGACGAUACCUUCUCCCUAGUAGGAAUCCAUGAUGGCGGGCUUCCGCGAUUUAGAGAUUCAAUUGACAACAAACGAAGGUCGUUCUUUGAACCGAAAUCAAAGCCCCGAUCAUGCUAAUGAUGCUUUGCACCAAAGAGAAUCAAGAAAAAUGAGAAGAAUCGCGUUGUUCUUGGGCAGUUUCAUUUUGGAGGGUUUAUCUAUAGCAUUUGAUCAGUUAAGCACACCAAAGAAGCCAAUAUAUGCGUUUAUGUCAAUGAUAACGGCUUCAUUGGGUUUGCUCCUAUCAAUCAUUGAGCUUUGUUACAGAGUUAGAGAGAACGAGAUCAUUUCGCAACUCCUCAGAGAGGCAUCGGAAAAUUUUGGAUUUUUUAUCUCAAUUUGGCAAUGCGUUUAUACGGUAGUACAAUAUGUUUACCUUUACGAGAAGAGGAUCGACAGCCCCAUCAAAAUAUCAGUCUUACCUCUAAUCUUCCUUAUCUGUGUUGCAAUCUCUACAUUAUACAAUAAUUACUGCAGUGAUUCUAGUACUCGACGACAUUCAUACAUAACAAGAGAGUCCUCUGUGGAUGCUUCAAGGACAACCACCUUGUCAAGAGUUGAGUCUCCAGUCUCCCUGACAAAUGCUAGGGCAAUUGAGGAGACCGAACGGUUGGAAGAAGAUUAUCCUGGAGAGCUCAUCACAUUAUACCAGCGAACCAGUGAUUCUAGUACUCGACGUCGACGACAUCCAUACAGAACAAGAGAGUCCUCUGACGAUGCUUCAUGGACAACCACCAUGUCAAGAGUUGAGUCUUCAGUCCCCUUGGGAAAUGCCAGGGCAAUUGAGGAGACUGAACCGUUGGUGGAAGAUGAUCCUCGACUUGGAGAGCUCAUCACAUUAUUAUACCAGCAAACCAUAGAUUCUAGUACUCAACGUCGACGACGUCCAUACAUAACUAGAGAGUCCUCUGUGGAUGCUUUAAGGACAAUCACCUCGUCAAGAGUUGAGUCUUCAGUCUCCCUGGGAAAUGCCAGGGCAAUUGAAGAGACCGAACCGUUGGUGGAAGAUGAUCCUGGAGGGCUCAUCACAUUACCCCCGCGAACCAGGUUAAUGGAAGAUCCAUGGACACCUGGAGAAGAUAAAAAGUUACUAGAUUAUGUUACUAGUUAUGGCGCCUGGAACUGGCCCGAAGUUCCCAAGUUUGCAGGUUUAUCAAGAAGUGAGAAGAGUUGCAGAUUGAGAUGGAUGAAUUACCUGGAUCCAAAUGUCCAUUUAUGGUUUUUAGGUUUAUUAAGAAGUAGCUUGAGAUUGACACGGAUGGAUUACCUGGACCCAAAUGGCAGAAGAGGAAACCAUAUUAAAGAGAAAGAUGAAAUCCUCAUUAGAGCACAUGAAACUCUUGGUAAUAGAUGGUCCGUUAUUGCUGGUAGAUUACCAGGGAUAACUCACUGUGAUAGGUACAUAUACCGGCUCACCAAAUGCGAAGGACGUGGGAAGCGGCAGAAGACAAUCCUCAAUAUUGAUGAUGAAAUCCCUCGAAUGGAACGACGUUUAAAUAAGCUACAAGAGGCAUUGGAUGGAAAAUAUGGAUGGAUGACACGAAAGGAUAUAUGCGCGGCUCUAAAUCGCAUGACACGGCGCGUUAGAGACAUGAGAGGACAACUCGUUUCGAGUAAAGAGCAUCUUAAAAGAUUUCAGAAGGCAUUGCACGAAGACGAAGAAGACAAUAGGUUUAUGGCAAACUAUCUAGCAAGGACAUAGAUGAUGAUAUGGACUUUCUAAAUUAACCCAUCCUAUUUGCUUGAUACAUUCACUUUAUUUACCUAUAUCUAUUUAGCCUUGUGAUAACAUGUAAUGAACUCAUGUCUUGUGUUGUCUUGUCCUGUCAUGUCUUGUCUUAUGUAGGAUAUAUAAAUAUAUAUUAUUUUUUGGUGCUAGUUAGUUAGGCAGCUAGACAUGAUAAGACUUAGGGACUUUCUAAAUUAAUUGUUUUGCUCUCAUUUGUCUCACGCACGUACGUACAUACACAGAUACA